UCGAGCGGAUCGCGGAGGACAGCUUCGUGGAAGGCUGAACGUGUCGACUAAGCUACGUACCAAACACUGUGAAACUAGUGAACACUGACACAAGCUUUAGCACCAAAAGAUGGCGAGUAACAUGGCAGACGACUUUGAUGACCAGUUCCUGACGUGCGUGAUCUGUAUGCUGAACUUCCGGGACCCCAAAAUCCUGCCAUGUCUGCACAGCUUUUGUAGGGAGUGUCUGCAAGAAUGGGCUACGAAACAACAGCCGCUGGAGUGUCCAACCUGCCGCGAACCGGCCAGUCUACCAGACCAAGGCGUGGACGGACUCAAGACCAACUUCUACGUCAACAACCUGCUGGACUUCGCGGCGGCCAAGAAAGGGGCGGAGCCAGGUGUGCCGUGCCAGGUGUGCGGGGGGAACGACGAGGGGUCGAAGUCUUGGUGUGCAGACUGCGCUACCUUACUGUGUGAGGCGUGCACCAGCGUACACCGGAACCUUCCGUGUUCUAAAGAUCACGAAGUUACCACCGAAGAAACCCUCAAGGCCGAGGAAGCUAUUAGCAAAUUUAAUCGUAAGCGACACUGCGACAAGCACAAGAAGUAUGAGCUAGAGUUCUACUGUGAGAGUUGCAAGGCUUUGGUUUGUACGGCGUGUACCGUGGUCGACCAUCGGCCGGGCAAAGAUUACAAUCCCGUAGAAAUCGCCACCGUGGCUCACAAAAGGAAGAAAGAACUGCAAGGACUUCUUCAAGACAUAGACCCACGCCUGAAGGAAAUACAGAACGCUGUAAAGGAAGUUGACCGAAAGAUUUCUAUGUUGAUGCCAUCGAAAGAGGAAGCCACAGACCAAGCCAAGGCGUACUUCCGUAAACUUGCUGACCUUCUGCAAAAGCGUGAACAGGAGGUUUUGAGCCAGAUUGACGAACAGUGUCGAGCCGAUGGCAAGGCUCUACAGGCAAAGAAGGAAGCGAUAGAGUUCGAGUUAGCCGGACUGACGAGCGCACAGACGUUCUGCCAACAACCUGUAGAACACGGAAGUGACGUGCACGUUCUGGAGGUGGGAAACCAAGUCCAAACAAGGGUGGAAACUCUGCUGGCAAAACGGCUGGACCUGGAGUCCGACUGGAGCGAGUUUCAGUUCGUCGAGAACACAGUUAUUGUUGACGUCGAAAAAGAAGUCGACAAUUUCGGUGGCGUAAGAACAAACGUCAACGCUUCAAAGUGUAAAGUUUCUGUGAAGCCGGCAGUCCAGGGGUUUCCGUGCGUCGCUGAACCGACAACAAUGAACCAAGAAGGCCGCCCGCGUGUUACGAAUAGUAAAGCCGUCCAAGCUAACAUGAAGGACCCGUCUGGGACCGACGUCCGGGCACAAGCACAGAUGAAAAGCGAAGGCUUGUGGGAAAUCUCGUACACACCUGAGCUAACGGGUAACCAUAGGUUAGAGGUCAAGGUCAACUCGCAACAGGUACCAGGAAGUCCGUUUGAUGUUGAGGUGAAGGGGAACCCAGUGUUGACUAUCGGACAGAAGGGCAGCGGGGUGGGGGAACUGAAUAGACCGUUAGGUGUCGCUGUUGACAUGGACGGCAACAUUGCAGUCGUGGAGUGGGGGAACAAACGGGUUCAAGUCUUUGAUGCGAACACAGGUCAGUCUUUGCGUAACUUCCCAGUUGAUGGCAAGAAUCCAUUCGGCAUCGAUGUGGACUCCCAAGGAAGGUUUCUUGUGACGUCGUGGGGCAAAAAUUUCGGACUAAGACGCUACUCCAAGGAUGGCAAACUAUUGAACACGUUUCAGCCUGACUGUAUGCGCAGCCCGCAUGGCUUGACAGUUCUGAAGGACGGCCGUAUUGUGGUGGCGGACGUCAGACAGAAGUCCUGUCUCCUCCUGCAGCCUGACGGGAGCCUCAUCCGGGAGAUAGGGAAGGGGCAGUUACAGGUGCCAGCGUUCGUAUCGGUAGACGAAUCACGUGAUGUGGUGUUUGUCACAGACAAGAGCCCACACAAAGUUGUUGCGUUUGACCUGGACGGAAACCGAAAGUUCGAUUUUGGCAGACAAGGUGACAAUGAUGGCGAAUUCCAAGAACAAAGAGGUGUAACAACAGACCCGGCAGGUAAUAUUAUUGUAGGUAACAAAGGAGACGGUCGUGUGCAGGUGUUCGCGCCUGACGGGACUUUCAAACAGAAAGUGGGACCAGUCAAAGGGGGGAGUGCCACUGGAGUCGCCCUGACUCCUGAUGGUUACAUAGCAGUGGCGUGCUGGAAAGGACAUUGUAUAGAACUGUACAAGUACAUGUGAACGGCCAUAACCGAGCAAAUCGCCAUUGCACAUCAGUGCUUCUUGACCAGGUGUUGUAAUGUACUGUGUAUCAUUUUCAUUUUUUGUUGUUAUAAGAUCUUGCAUAAAAUGAAUGAUGUUUAACCUCAAAGUCAAAUAUGGCACUAAUACAAUGCAUGCUAUAUGACAUGUUAAAGGUUUAAAAUAAUUGUGAACAGAGUCAGGAGAUAAACCCAUAACCUUGUGUUCUGUGGUUCCAUGUAUUAUUGGUUAAAUACCAGACAAUUAUAUUCUAAAUAGAAAAUAAACCAGGUAUAAAUGUAUGUUAUAUGCUUGUUCAAGUAAUUGUUUUAUCUAAAUCACAUAAAACAUCGUUAGCACCAAAGCCACUUGCCAUUUCCAACUUUUAGUCAUUAGAAAUGGCUUUACUGUUCACACUUAUAAUUCUAGAAAUAUAAAAAAAAAACAA